CAGUGAACCAAACUGGUGUUUAAGUGCUAUUCAAAUGUACCAUUUGGCUUAUUUAGCCCGUUUGGGUUGAUUUUAAAGUUGCGUUCGCUUCAUGGGUUGCCUGACAGUCAACGAUAAGGGUUGUUUAGUAUUGUCACUAGCAAACCUCUCAGCUGGUAGGGGAAACAAAAUAGGAAGCGAUCGUAAACAACGUUAGCAGCAACACGACCCCUGGUGAUUCAUCGUUUUGGAUACAGGGACAGUGUGAACGAAUGGCCUGCACAAUUUGUACUAAAUCGUUUGGAUUUUUCAACAAAGAGCAUGGAUGUCCCGUGUGCAAGUUUUCAUUCUGUUCGGGAUGUCUUAAAUACAAGCUGGUACGUGAUGGAAAGAGGCUAAACGUUUGUUUACGCUGCUCAAAACUAGCGCUUGUGAAUGAGCCUACGAAAAGCGAUGCUAAACCCAUGCCCACUACGUCACACAAAGGAGAUACAUCAACGAACUCCAAACCAACUGAAAACCGAAUACCUAGUCCUGUAGAUCCACCGGAAGAUCCGAUGGAUGAUGAUUUAAUACGUGACAAACUGGAUGCGCUAAAGACGAACGAUGUAGAAGACCAAGAUCCAUCCAAUUCGGAAGCUUCUGCACUAACGGGGGAUAAUGCCGACAUAGAAAGACGCCUGGCAGCUCUGAAGGGUGUGGAGUACAAGGAUUACAAAGAUGCACCACAACGAUUUAUGGCACCGGACAAUCGUACGGAGGAACAGAAGGUGCAGGAUUUGCUCGGUCAGUUUGCGGAGGAAACAAAGCUUAUCAACGUGAUGGAUGUUAAGCGUGCCGAACAGGAUGAAGAGAUUUUUAAACGAUUAAAUGCGUUGAAGGAAUUUCCGACGAGUGGUGCUGGUGGGAAUGUGGAACCAGGAAGUGGAAAUUUUCGACCAUCCAUACUUCCGGACAGUGAUUCGGAUGAGGGUUUAACGGAUGAAGAACUGGCACGCAAGUUGGCCAAAAGGUAUGCUGAGGAGGGUAAAAUGGAGGCGAAAUUGAGUUUGGACAGUGAAUUAGAAGAGGAACCAAAAGUUUCUCCUAAUGAUAAUGAGGAACUGCCAUGGUGUACCAUCUGCAACGAGGAUGCAGUGAUCAGGUGCCGCGGAUGUGAUAAUGAUCUGUAUUGUUGGGCGUGUUAUAAAGAAUUUCACUACGAUGAAGAUCCAAAGGAGCACUCAACCGUUCCAUUCAAGGGUGGUAAGGGACCCAAAAACGCUUGAUAUUGUAAGAAAACCGACUCGAA